CCUGUUGCAACACUGCUGGUGCUUCCACUCUCCCUCCCACUCCGAAACUGCAGCUGAUUGCUCUCGCUUCCCUCCCUUCCUUCCCCAUCGCACCUGGGUGCCGAGCCUCCCGCCCGCCUUUCCCCGGGGACCUGCAGCCUGGCAUGAGUCUGGGGGCUCCAUCCCCAGGCGAGCAGGGUCUGGGUUCCCCCAGAAGGGAUGGAUGGCCCCAGGGCUCAUGCCUGAGGCUGGGGUGCUUUCCACAGCUCUGCUCAGAGCUGAGUGGAGAAGGCAGGAGGUGCUGUGUGUGUGUGCAGGCUGCCCCGUGGGCUGUGUGUGGCCAGGCACGAUUCCUUCUUGCCGUGCAAGGGGCAGAGCUGGGUCCCUGCUGGGGCACUCCCGAGCCCCCACCUCUGCUUGCAGCACAGCACGGAAAUCACCGGCUCUCCUUCAUCUGCCUGACUUUUAGGCUAAAAGCCACAACAGCGCGAAAAGCUCUCGCAGCCAAUGGAACAUUUGCAGCGAGGACGUCAGAAAAAAAAUGGCUCAAACCACAGCCGCACGUGUGAGAGAGGUGCUGCUCCGAGUCUGACUUUUAUUCAAAAGGCAGCAAAGGAUGAGUAAAGGCUUUGUGGGCAGCAGCUACAGCUCGCUUGUCAGGGCAGCACACACUCCUUGGCAGAAAAAUCAUCCCUGUAAAGCCGCUGCUGUUUGCUCUCUGCGCCGGUGGCCACCCAGCAGUAACCAGUUGUGCUGGUUGCUGGGAGCCCUGAUAAAACUUUUGUUAGCUCCUCUGAUAGAGCUCAAAAAAAGAAUUAAUAGUAAUUGGACUUUAGACUGUUGAGGAAAUUGGUAGCUGAUUGUUCACCCAAGCGUAAGAAAGGGCACGCGCUUCCUGCUCAGCAGCAACAGGAGCAGUUGGAGCUGCAGCGGGUGUCGGUGCUGAGCUGGGGAUGCUUCAGCACCCUGCAGUGCUGCUGCCUGGUGAAUUGGGGUUUUUGGUGCGAUGGCAAGCUCUGUCCUUCCCAGCACCACGAUACUGCUCAUCUGAUAACUGCAACGUUACACCUGCAGCAGGAGGAGACGUGCAAAAUACCAGAUAUGUGGCAGUAGCUGUAAGAGAGCACGGCAUCGCCCAGCAGCGUCCCUCCCAGCCUCCAUGCCUCUGCAGCCAGCAGCAUCUUCAGCAUCCGACCUCCGCAGCCUCGAGAGAACGUCCUUGGCAUUAGCUUCAAGCCCUACAGCCCAGAGUCCGGCCCGGCCCCGGCCCCCUGCACGACCUGUGAGAGCACACGAUCCUCGAUGUUCAGAGCUCCCUGCAUGAGCCAGCGGCGGCUUGCGCUCAUCUUCUGCGUCUCCGUCCUCAUCGUGCUGCUCGUCGCCCUCAUCCUGCUGUUUAUGUUCUGGCGGUCACAGACCGGCAUCGUGUACAAGGAGCCCGCCGAGAGCUGCAAGGACAGCCCCGUGCGCUGCAACGGCAUCGUCGACUGCUCGCAGAGGAGCGACGAGCUGGGCUGCGUGCGGUUCGGGGCCGACCAGUCCCUGCUCCACGUCUACUCCAGCACCGAGAGCCAGUGGCUGCCGGUGUGCAGCAGCGCCUGGAACGAGUCCUUCUCCAGGAAGACCUGCCGGCAGCUGGGCUUUCAGAAUGCAUCGCAGACAGAAUACGUCCCCCUGCACGUCGCCGGCAAGAGCCUCAUGGUGACGAACGAGCGCGACACCAUCCAGCAGAGCCUCAACAGCUCCCAGUGUCUCACGGGGAAGUACGUCUCCCUGCGAUGCACAACCUGCGGGCAGCGGAUUUUGGGGCGGAUCAUCGGAGGGAAGGAAACCUCGGUGAGCAAGUGGCCCUGGCAGGUCAGCGUGCAGUACGGGCCCGUCCACAUCUGCGGCGGCACCAUCAUCGGCGCGCAGUGGGUGCUCACGGCCGCGCACUGCUUCUUCAUGAACAGCAUGAAGAUUCUGGAUGACUGGAAGGUGUACGGGGGGGUCUCGGACCUGAAGCAGCACACGGAGGGCAUCCCGGUCUCCCAGGUCAUCAUCAACUCCAACUACAGCGAUGACCACGACGACUACGACAUCGCCCUCAUGAAGCUCUCCCGGCCGCUGACGCUCUCAGCUCAGGUGCGCCCGGCCUGCCUCCCCAUGCACGGCCAGCGAUUCCAGACAGGCAGGUCCUGCUUCAUCACCGGCUUCGGGAAGACCAGGGAGAAUGAAGAAAACACCUCCCCAAAGCUGCGGGAGGCCGAGGUGAAGCUCAUUGACUACAAGAUCUGCAACAGCGACAAGGUGUACGAGGGCUACCUGACCCCGCGCAUGAUGUGCGCUGGGUACCUGCAGGGGGGGAAGGAUGCGUGCCAGGGUGACAGCGGAGGGCCCCUGGUCUGCGAGGACAACGGCCGCUGGUACGUGGCCGGGGUGACGAGCUGGGGCACGGGAUGUGGCCAGAAGAACAAGCCGGGGGUCUACACACGUGUGACGAAGCUCCUCAGCUGGAUAUACAGCAAAAUGGAGAGCGAGAACGACUAAGGCCGGGCUGGAACCCGCACGGCUGCGCCGGCCGGCACCGACCCCCUCACUGUGCUGCUGCCAGGGCGAGACGUGCCAGCAGCUGUGUGCCCCCACAUCUCCGUCUGCCCUCGCUGCUGGGGACCUGCCACUGCCCAGACUGAAAACGUGGCACCUCCAGAGUGCCCCUGCCCUGGCUGGGGCGAGGGAGGUGGCUGGAGGUGGCCAGGCAGUGGCUCUGCCCGGUGCUGCCCGCGAUGGAUGUGCCAGCUCUGAGCCACCUCGCCCGGCACCUGCAGCUCCUGUCCUGUAAAAAUAGAAGUGUCCGGACUGCGGUGCCAAGUAAAUGCUCACCUGCAGGACAGGGGCACGGCUGGUGGGCGAGGGGCUGCUGCCCACCCACGGAGGCAGAUGCAGAUGGAAAGCAGGAGCAGGAAAGCUGCGGGGUGCCUGUGGCGAGGGAGCCCCUUCCCCUGCACGCUGCGGGGACAGUGCAGCAGGGAGCCCCCAGGCGCAGCUCCAGCAUCUGCUGGGGGGAGCAGUGGUUGCUCCCCUAUCUGCAGAGAGGCUUAGGAAGCACCUUUUAAAUGAAGUUCCUCCCUGUGAGAUAAAAGCCCAUUUAUUUAUUUUUCUAUGCUGUGGAAGUGGUGUGUGCAAGCACUCGCUCCUGGAACUGCGUGCAGCCGCUCUCAGGUCCCUGCUGCCCCAAAAGGAUUUUGGCAGUGGUGAGGGGCAGGCCUGUGGUCCCAGGGAGCUGCAGCGACAGAAGCUGAAUCCCGAGGUGGAGCAUGAAGGAAAGCAGCCCCCCUUCCCUGUUGUGGCAUCUCCCAGCUGCUGGCUCAGUAACCGGUGCUGGAUUUCUUCAUCUCACCUGAUGAGCGCCCAGAGCUUGCCUGUCCCAGGGCCAUGCUGCACGGUGUCACCGAAGGGAACAUCCACGCUCAGCCUGUGCCCUGGAGCAGAUGUUUUGAGGCAGUGCACCUCUGGAUGGAUGGAUGGAUGGAAGCCCCCCAGUGUGUGGUCGGCUGUGGAGGUCCCCAGUGUGCGCGGCUGCCCUGCACUCUCAAUAAACGUUUCGGUACUGCUUGCACGCAGACAGGCUCUUUGGGACCUGCUGGGGGAAGCUGCUGGGCCCAGACCUAGGCUGGGGCUGUGCAGUGGGGCUCCAGGGCUGCCCUCACCUCCUGGCUCGCUGGGCUCCAGCAGCAAGGCCAAGUGUGCUGCAGGGGGUGCAGUGAGGAUGGAGCAAGGAUGGGGCCAGAGCUCCAUGCUGCCACGCAGUGCACAGUGCUCAGCAUCCACUGCACGUUGGCUCCUGGAUUUUAUUUCAUGGGGGUGCAGGU